AUGGAAAUUAACGAAGAAAAAGAAGAAGAAGAAAAAGAAGAAGAAGAAGGAGAAGAAGAAGAAGAAGAAAAAGAAGAAAAAGAAGAAGAAGAAGAAAAAGAAGAAGAAAAAGAAAAAGAAGAAGAAGAAGGAGAAGGAGAAGAAGAAGAAAAAGAAGAAAAAGAAGAAGAAGAAGAAAAAGAAGAAGAAAAAGAAAAAGAAGAAGAAGAAGAAAAAGAAGAAGAGGAAGAAGAAGAAAAAGAAGAAGAAAAAGAAAAAGAAGAAGAAGAAAAAGAAGAAAAAGAAGAAAAAGAAAAAGAAAAAGAAGAAGAAGAAGAAAAAGAAGAGGAAGAAGAAAAAGAAGAAAAAGAAGAGGAAGAAGAAAAAGAAGAAAAAGAAGAAGAAGAAGGAGAAGAAGAAGAAGAAGAAAAAGAAGAAGAAAAAGAAAAAGAAGAAGAAGAAGAAAAAGAAGAAGAGGAAGAAGAAGAAAAAGAAGAAGAAAAAGAAGAAGAAGAAGAAAAAGAAGAAAAAGAAGAAAAAGAAAAAGAAGAAGAAGAAGAAGGAGAAGAAGAAGAAGAAGAAAAAGAAGAAGAAGAAGAAAAAGAAGAAGAAAAAGAAAAAGAAGAAGAAGAAAAAGAAAAAGAAGAAGAAAAAGAAGAAGAAGAAGAAACAAUUCAUCAUAAUUUAUUCAUAAUAGGUGAAUAG